AUGAGCGACCUCACCACCGGCGCAAGCAGCGCCGAGACCGUCGCCCGUCAAGCGCGCACCGCCUUCGAGCACUCGUCCCAACUCCUCUCGUCCUCCUCCUCCGCGGACGCCACGCGCUCCUCUGCGCUCCUCUCCAUCCGCACCGCACUCGAAUCCAACAAGGCCCGCAUCGUCGAAGCGAACAAGCUGGAUAUGGAAGCGGCGCUGGUGCUUGUCGAGCAAGGCAAGCUGUCUUCCUCCCUCGCUGCCCGGCUGGAUCUGUUUAGCAAGGCGGGCAAGUGGGAGUCGCUCCUGGCUGGUGUGUCCGACGUAGCGGCGCUACCGAGUCCGUUGGAUCAUGUGCAGUGGGCGAAGCGGUUGGCGGACGAGACGGCCACUCAGGGCGCCGUGGAUCUGUACCGUAUCACAUGCCCCAUCGGCGUGCUGCUGUGCAUCUUCGAGGCACGGCCGGAGGUGGUAGUUAACAUCGCCUCUCUCGCCAUCAAGAGCGGGAACGCGGCGAUUCUAAAGGGUGGCAAAGAGUCGAAGCACACCGCAGCAGUGCUAUCGGGAAUUAUUGCAGAGGCGCUCGAAGUGGCAGGUCUGCCCAAAGGGUUGAUCCAGACCGUCGAGACGAGGGAGGACAUCCAAAGCCUGCUGCAUCUGGAGGAAUUCAUCGACCUCGUGAUUCCGAGGGGCAGCAACGAGCUGGUGAAAGCGAUCCAGAGGGAGGCGAGGAUGCCCGUAAUGGGUCAUGCGGACGGUCUGUGCAUCGGCUACGUGCAUAGCGAUGCCGAGUUGGAAAUGGUCAAGGGUACGGUGGUGGAUAGCAAGACGGACUAUCCUGCUGCUUGCAAUGCGUUGGAGACGCUGUUGGUGCACGAAUCGUUGCUAGGCAAAGCCGAUUUUUGGCCGCCCCUCGCGCAGACGCUGUUGGAGGCGGGCAUCGAGCUUCGUCUCGAUGAGGCUUCCCUUUCAGCCCUGCCCCAGAAAUUGACUUCGAGAUUCGAGGAGAAAGUGAAACGCGCCCAACCGCAAGACUUUCAUACGGAGUUCCUCGAUCUCACCCUCGCCAUCGCCUCCAUCGCCUCUUUGGAUGCGGCGAUCAAACACAUCACCACCCACUCUUCCGGGCAUACCGACCUCAUCCUUACCUCGACCCACACGCCGAACCCUGCAGCGGAGAGGUUCGUCAAGAGCAUCAACUCCGCCAAUGUGUUUGUCAACGUCUCGACGCGCUUUGCCGACGGGUUCCGCUUCGGCCUGGGCACCGAAGUGGGCAUUAGUACGGGUAAGACCCACGCCAGAGGACCGGUGGGGCUCGACGGGUUGGUGAUCUACAAGUACGUAGCCAAGAGUGUUGGGGGAGGCAAGGGCGCCCAGACGGCUGGGGAGUUUAAUAAGGGUAGGAAGUGGGCGCAUCGCGAGAUCGAGGCAGUGUAUCCCGAGUUGUAA